AUGAAAAAAGUGCCCUCAACCAAAGCAGCAGCCGUUAAAGAGCAGAAUGUAAGAUGGAUGCUUAAUUCUCCCGAUUCGAGCCCACUUGCUUUUUUUAGAUUUUCUUUUCCUAUGCAUCGAGCUCGGGCUUUUGAAGUUUACAGUAAAGUCCUAGAAUCUGCCUUAGAUCAAUGCCAAGAUGAGAAUGUUAAAAGAAGAUUAUUAAGAACGAAAGGAAAAUUUAAUGCAGAAAUUCUUCAAAGAGACUGGGAGUUGUGGUUAGAAGAGAGGAAGGCGAUUUUAGUUAGCCGUUCGAUCCAAAACACAAAUAUAGCUGUGCAAAAUAGGUUUAAUGCCCGUGUAGAAAACCAGGGCACAUUGUCAACAACGCCAACAAUCGUCAAUGAUUCUGCAAUCGAUAUAGGCGACAGUGAUGAAGAUGAUGUAGAAAAUUUGGAAGACAAAAGAGAGUUAUUAAUGAGUUCGAUAGUGAAUUCUCCUAUAACAACUGAUGCCAAUGAAGACGUUCUGGAAUCGCUCGCAUUUUUAUUUGAGUCUUCCCAAGAUGAUCUUAUUUCAUCUAUUGCAGAAGAAAGCCUUGACAGAGAGGAGACGGAUAAUAAACUUGUGUUAUCAAGUCAAUUAGAUGUGUUUGCGCACUUUCGUAACUUACGCUUUAAGAUCUCGUCGAAAAACAAGAUUUUGAAUCCAGCCUAUUAUGGAAUCAUCGAUUUAACCGGUCAGCAUAUUGAGACCAAGACAUCGUUUGAUAUUGAAGACUGGGAAGAGCUUCGGAAUUUAUUUGGCAUAAUUGUCCAAUGGCAAUCUAUUCGGACGCCUGAACAUUUUGCUAAAUAUUUUGAUGAAAAUUUUACGUUGCCUCCUAAUCCGGAGGAUGAGUUAAAAACCUUCCACACAGCGGUUGAAUUUCUGCGGACAGGCUACCCUAUCCAAAACACAAUGUCUGAGCAACACGUGGUGCAUGCAUUAUAUUACCCCUUAAUUAAUACAGUUCUCUAUAAUGAUACCAUAUCAUUAUUGGAUUGGGGGGAAGUUGUUUCGUGCUCAAACUCUGAUGCAAAAAACGACAAUAUUAGUCCCGAGAAGAAAGCAAAGACUGGUUACAAGGUUGAUCUCAAAAUAACUUUGAAAAUUCCAAAUUAUAAGUUGCAGGUUGUACAUGGUGAAGUGUCAGGGGGGAUCAAGAAUGGAAAGGCGGAAGCCUGUAAGCGCAAACAAUGGCUUGAUAAACUCAAACUCAUGAUUAUGUUGCGAGAUGAACUAAAUCAGAUAAUUAAGGCCUACGGCCGAUCAAGUGCUGAGUUCUUAUAUUUUAUUGUGUACGGAAUUCAAGUGAUUGGUUUUCAUUUAAAUGUUUAUGCAAUGAUAUGGUGCAGUGGAGGGGUCUACCUUUUUGGUUUAAUUGACAAGUGCUUAAUACCAAGCAAUUUAGAAACAUUUUAUUCGUUAGAGGAAGUAUACGUGAUUCUCAAGACCCUGCAAAUGAAAGUUACCGAAGCUUCAAGUGCAUUAAUCGUCAUUGAACAGAAACAUGCAAAAAAAAGACGGCGGCCUGCUGUUAAUGACCAUCAAGACUUUGAGAAUGAUCUUGUAAUCACUCAAGCAGCAAAACAUCGGAGGAUUUCAUUACCUUAA